GGGUUUCAGAGGAAGACGAUACCAAGCUCUCGCUCCCGUUCGAUUUUUGAGCUCCCUCCGCCAUGGAGUCCGGCAGCGAUCGCUCGCCUGAUGAGCCCGUGACGAAGCCUUCCAGCGAUUUCGAGAAGAAGAGUUCGGUUAUUGAAGCUCCGACGUCAACCACCAGCGGCUGCGGCAGAAAGAUUGGUGGAUCCAAAGACAGUGGACAUUCGAUUUUGAAUACUGUUAAUAAGUCCACAUCACAGAUCAAGAAGCCCCCACAUCGAAAAAAUGUUUCUCCCCUGAACUGGUUUCCUAGAAAAAAGACUGAUUCAUUCUUGAAGAGAAAAAUCAAGCAUCUACAGGAGAUUGAAGGAAUGAACCUUUCUCUUGAUGAAACACUUGGAAAUGCCAACCCUCAUUAUACUAGGAUAGCAAGGGAAAAGAUUGCAGCUCAUGAGGCAGCUCAGAAGGCCAUGGAAGCUCGCAAAUCUGCUAUGGUUGAAGCCUCCUGGUAUCGAAUACUAGGAGCAGCUAGGAUUAAAAGUAAAGAAGCAGAGGCACGGUUGGAGAAAGCUGAGAAAUGCGCAGAAGAAGCCUUUGAAGCAGCAAGAGCUUUGGGAGUAAUGAUGUAUGAUAGGCCAGAUUGUCAAAGGAGAACAUGCGAAAUAGAAACAUCUUUGGCUAUUGGAGGAUGGUCCACUCAUACAGUGACUGCUUCUUUUGAAACUGCCUUCGAGGUAGAUAAAGAGGUGACAGCAGCAGUUAAAAAGGCAUUCAUACAGCUUGCAAAUUGCCCCUCUUCUUUGGAAAAAGAAGAAUUUAGAGAUUUACUUUACAAAAUCACUCAAAAUCCUGAUGGCAAUCGUACCGUGGAGGAUGUACCAGAAAUAACUUCUGAAUGUGACACUGGUCAUGGGGCAGAACGUGAGAAAGACUCGCAUAUUAGUGGUGACACAGACAUGAAGCAUGCCACCAAAAUGAAACAACGAAAAAGCAAGAACAGUUUGCUUCCAACUGAUAGUGGCAGCAGUAUCUCUAUGUCACCAACAGAGAUCAUUGACAGGUUGCUUGAAAGACUAAAAGGUUUGCAUGAGGAUGAACUUGCUUCUCUGGCUGUUAUUGUUGCAACUUGUGGCCUGAAUGCUGCACUUUGCGAAAUGGAGCACGACAAAGAUAAUGAUCUUGAAACCAUUAGCAGUUGCACUUCUAAACUAAGAACAGGAAUGAGAAGAGAUUCCAGCAUUACAUCCAUCAUGGGUCACACUGUGCAAGAGAAAGAAGCUCUGACUGAAAUACCCAGUCUGGACAAGUCUCUGGUGAAGCAUGUCUCGAGACUUGAAAGGGAAGUUCAAGAAGCAAGGAAAAAUAAUAGAGAUUUGAUUAAUCAGAGAACUUCAGAAACAUCUGAGACCCAUGUUGUUGUUGAAAGUAAGCCAUCAAACAAAAAUGAAAGACAUGUAGACUCGACUUUGGACUUGGGAAGUGUUCUCAUGAAGCAUGUCACUAAACUUGAAAGAGAUGUCCUAGAAUUCAAGAAGAACAAUUACAGGAGCAACUCACUAGUGGAGGAUAGGAAAGGUGUGGAACGGAAUGUUGAAAGUGAAUUUCAAUCUGAAAUUGCAGAGACUAAAUGCAAUGUUGAUGCACCUACAUGUGACAGUAUCCCAACUCUGAAAGGAAAGCGAUCCAACACCACAGAUGAAUUAUUAGGAGGAAAAUAUGGAAUAUCAAUUAACAAUGGAUGUAGACAGUUGAGUAGUUCUCAAGGACUGACUGAAGAUAUUGAACAUCAUGGCGUAAUGGUAAUACAUGAAGAAGUUCCAAGACCACCUUCUGCUUGUAGACAACAAGGCAAAGAGAAUAUAGAUUUCAAUCCUGUUGAUGAGAUGCAUCAAGCUAGUAAACGCAUGUCUCGUGUUGAAAGAGCUAAGAUCGAAGUGUUGAAAACAUUUUCUUAUCAGGAAAGAAAUAGGGGUGGUGGCGACGCACUUGAAACAAUGGGCCUUGAUAAGAUUUUAGUCAAACCAAUUCAUAGGUUGGAGAAGGAGAAAAUGCAAGCUUUGGAACAAAGGAGGGAUGAGAUUUCCCUAAGAGACCAGAAGAAGCAAACAACCGAUGUCAAGGAUACAGAGAGUUUAGACAUGAUCUUGGUGAAGCAUGUCUCUAGACUUGAGAAGGAGAAACUGAUACUUGCAGCAGAUGAAGGUGCAAGGACAGUGAAAAGAAGCAAACAGCAGCCUAAAGCAUGUGCACAAAGUUUAGAUGAAAUCCUGGUGAAGCAUCAGUCCAAACUGGAGAAGGCCAAGCUGGCUACAACUCAACAAUCAGCAGACUAUAUCAAGCAUGAAUCUCGUAGAGAAGCCAGGGAAAGGGAGUUGCAGGAAGCAUGGAGAGGCAUGAGUUUAGGGAAUUCAUUGAAACCCCAUCUAUCAAGGAUUGAACGAGACAAGGCUGCUUGGAGGAAGGCUGAGGAAGAGGAACGCAACCGAGAAAUGCAACUAUGAAGCAAAUCCAAUUGCUUCUCCUGCUCUGAUUUCCGUGUACAAUUUUCUUCGGGCAUCCUUCUGAUAAGUUCCAUUUUGUUGAACAUCUGAAAUCCAUGUUCAGUCUCUUGGCGUGCAUAUAGAACCAAUAGGAUUCAUACUAGUGAAAUGGUUCUGCUGUACUUAGUCGUCAUUUUCCAUGGUUUAUACUAUCCUCAAUGACAUCUGCCAUGAAGUACUUAUGAGAUAUCAAAUGACAGGAAAUACUUCAUAACGAAGUCAUUCAUUCAUUUCUUCGCCUUUCUCAGCGUAUA